AUCGAAGAGGACACGGAGAGACGUGGUUUGCCAAAGCUCCAGCUCAUCACGGUACCACCAAGGUUUGACUUCAACAAGCUACGGCAGCAGCUCAAGGAGACCGGACUGUUUGACCAUAGCUCGAACUCGACACUGGCCAUCGACGGAGCUCGAGAAUCUACCCGGGACACCUUCGAGGCAUACCUGCGGCUACGCAUGAUGGCGAAGAGUGCAGUGCAGAAAGCAUUUGUCGAGCAGCGUACUGCAGAAACCAACAACACCAAGGUGCAGAUUCUCUCAGACGUUGCCAAGCUUCGACCCCUUCAAGACUUCGGGGACCUCAACCGAGUGCCAGAUCGCAAAGACCAGUCAGGAUGGAAAGGAACCUACGACUUGCUGGACAUCAACCUGUA